GCAUGGCCGUCUCCAUCGCUUCCUUUCACCUCGCUUUCCAUGUCCCUCCGCGACCCCAGCAAAGCCGCCCCGGACCCAGCGAGGCGGCGGGCAGACGCCGUCGGGUGGUUGCAGGCGCUGUUCCCGGACCUGCCGCUCCCUCCGCCGCCGCAGGCCUCCGACGACGACCUCCGCGCGCCGCUCGCCAGCGGGAGGCUGCUCUGCGCGCUGCUCCGGAGGCUCUGCCCGGGCGCCCUCCUCGACGACGCCUCCACCGACAAUGUCGGCAGGUUCCGCGCCGCCGUCGAGCGGAUGGGCGUCUCCACCUUCAGCGCCUCUGACCUCGAAAGGGGCCAAAUGGCAGCUGUCGUCAACUGCAUCCUUGCACUCAGGGAUCGGUUCGGAUCCCGCGGCGGCGUUGGUGAUGAACGGAGCCCUAAUUUCCUGACCAGAUGCGACAGCGAAGGAGGCAGAAAGCGCAUGGAAUCCAAGCUGCAAAGGAUGCUUACUAGCCCAAUCAUGUCAGAACCUUCCACUCCGACAGGAAUCGAGCCGUAUUCGCCGUCACAAGUGUUUCAGCUGAGACAAGGAGGAUAUGAUGAUCUUCCUGGUUCCAAAUAUUCAGACCUGAUGAAAUCCACAAGCAUGGAUAAUGCGCCAACGCAGUCACUUCUCGGCGUUGUGAACAGCAUCCUUGAUGAGAGCAUCGAGAGGAAGAAUGGACAAAUACCUUAUCGCAUUGCUUGCUUGCUGAGAAAGGUCAUAGUGGAGAUUGAAAGACGCAUUUCCACUCAGGCUGGGCAUAUACGGAAUCAAAAUAAUCUGAUUAAAGCUCGUGAAGAGAAGUAUCAGUCAAGGAUAAGAGUGCUGGAGGAACUAGCUGUUGGGGCAUGCGGGCAAACACAUAUGGAGAAAGACAUGCUUGGAGAUAAAGGGCAACUAGCAGAGGAAGAUAUGGCAAGGUUAAUGAAGUACCAGGAAGAUGUGGUUAGAUUGAUGAAAGAAAACAAUGAUUUGGUUAGGUUGUUGCGAGAGAAGGAAGAUAUGGUUAGGUUGCUAAAGGAGAAAGAAGAUAUGGUUAGAUUGCUGAAGGACAAGGAAAGCAUGAUUGACUCGAAAGCAGUCAAAGUUGAAGAAACGCAACGAAUAGAAGAUGAAGAUAAAUAUAGGCUAAUUAAGGAGAAGGAUGAUGCUUUAGUUAGAUUGGUGAAGGAAAAGGAAGAGAUGAUUAGGUUGCUGAAGGAGAAAGAUGAUGUAAUUAGACUAAUGAAGGAGAAGGAUGAUUUUCGUAACUUGGAAAACAGUGAGGUUGAGGGUGGAAGUAACUCAACAGAUGACAACAAAGAUAGGUUGAUUAAGGAGAAGAAUGAUAUUGUGCUUAGGUUGACAAAGGAGAAGGAAGAGAUGGUUAGGAUGUUGAAGGAGAAGGAAGAUUUGCUUAACUUGGAAAAAGUUGAGUUUGAUGGUAGAAGUAAAUCGACAGAUGACAAUAAAGAUAGGCUGAUUAAGGAGAAGAAUGAUAUUGUGCUUAGGUUGACAAAGGAGAAGGAAGAGAUGGUUAGAUUGUUGAAGAAGGAAGAUAUAAUUAGACUUAUGAAGGAGAAGGAAGAGAUGGUUAACUUGGAAAAAGGUGAGGUUGAGGGUAAAAAGCAAAUGGCAGAUGACAAUAAAGACAGGUUGAUUAAGGAGAAAGAUGAUGUUGUGUUUAGGUUGACAAAGGAGAAGGAAGAGAUAAUUAAGUUGCUUGAAGAAAAGGAAGAUAUAAUUAGAUUAAUGAAGCAGAAGGAAGACAUGUUCAUGUCUAUCAAGGAGAAGGAAAAUAAGGCUGAACUGAAGAUCACUGAUGAAGAAGCAGAAAGGUCAAUUAAGGAGAAAGCCGAGAUAGCUAGGUUGAUGAAGGAGAAGGAAGAUGGUAGCAAUACGAUUUUGAAACUUAAGAAGGAAUCAGAAACAUUAAGAUCAUCAUAUGAGGAAAGCUGCAGGUUGUUGGAAUCUAAGAAGGAAGAUGUGGCCAGGCUUCUCACGGACAAGGAAAACAAUGACAAUAUAAUUUUAGAACUAAAGAAAGAGCUUGAAGAAACAAAGAGAUUGCAUGAGGCGCACAGUCAGGAAUUAGAGACUAAGGCUGCAAAAGUAAGGAAGGAGUUGGAACAGAGGAUAGAAGAAGUAAAGCUUAUGUUAGAUGAUUCUACCAAGAGAAGAAGAGAACUUGAGGAAUUAUCUGAAUCUAGAAUCCAAUUUUGGAAAAGGAAAGAAGUAGAGGUCAAUCAAUUUGUAAGUUUGCAAGUACAGAAUGUUCAGGAUUUGAAGCUGUCUUCUGUUUCCGUUAGGCAUGAAAUCCUAAGUUGUCAAAACAAAUGGUCUGAAGAACUAGAUGGCCUUGGAAAAAGCCUUAAGGUUGUAACAAAUGCUGCAGAAAAAUAUCAUGUAGCUCUUGCAGAAAACAGAAAAUUGUUCAAUGAAAUCCAGGAACUAAAAGGAAACAUCAGAGUAUAUUGUCGGAUAAGACCUUUUCGACCUGGGGAAGAUGACAAGUCCAGCUCAGUUGAAUAUAUUGGGGACAAUGGUGAACUAGUUCUAUCAAACCCUACAAAGCAAGGGAAGGAAGGGGGCAAAAAUUUCACAUUUAACAAAGUUUUUGGCCCUACCACUACACAAGAUGCUGUCUUCAAGGACAUACAGCCACUAAUUAGAUCAGUUCUUGAUGGCUACAAUGUCUGCAUUUUCGCAUAUGGGCAAACUGGAUCAGGAAAGACACAUACUAUGAUGGGACCUGAAAAGGCAACUGAGAAGGAAUGGGGAGUCAAUUAUAGGGCAUUAAAUGACCUUUUCAAUAUUUCUAAUGACCGUCGAGACACGAUCACUUAUGAACUUGGCGUUCAGAUGGUUGAGAUCUACAACGAGCAAAUCCGUGAUCUCCUCGGCAGUGGUGGUUUGCAGAAGAAAAUAGGGAUCCAGAACACCACCCAGCCCAAUGGACUUGCUGUUCCUGAUGCAACAAUGUGCCCUGUCACCUCAACUUCUCAUGUAAUAGAGCUAAUGCAAACAGGUCAUGACAAUAGAGCCAUGAGUGCAACAGCUUUGAAUGAGAGAAGUAGCAGAUCCCACAGUGUUGUGACCAUUCAUGUCCGAGGCCAAGAUUUGAAGACUGGGAACACUUUGCGUGGCGCCCUACAUCUUGUGGAUCUCGCUGGAAGUGAGAGGGUGGACCGUUCUGCAGUUACAGGGGACAGGCUCAAAGAAGCACAGCACAUCAACAAGUCUUUGGCUGCUCUUGGGGAUGUUAUAUUUUCUUUAUCACAGAAGAAUGCUCAUGUGCCAUACAGAAAUAGCAAGCUCACACAAGUUCUGCAAACUUCUCUGGGUGGCCAUGCAAAGACCCUAAUGUUUGUGCAGGUCAACCCAGAUGUUUCAUCUUACACAGAGACUUUAAGCACUCUGAAAUUCGCAGAACGAGUGUCUGGGGUGGAACUUGGUGCUGCUAGGACCACUAAGGAAGGAAAGGAGGGAAAAGAUGUCAAAGAACUAAUGGAUCAGCUCUCUCUUCUCAAAGAUACCAUUUCAAAGAAGGACGAUGAAAUCGACAGGCUGCAAUUACUGAAUAGUAGCACCAGAUUGAAGUCAGCAAGACAAACCGAUCCCAUUUUGAAGCAUUCAUCCUCUUCCCCAGGCAUUACAUCCUUAGGGAAGAACACAAGCGUUGGCAGUGGGGCAGCCUCUGAUCUUGAUAACUUCUCCGACACCAGUGACAGGCAAUCUGAAGCUGGGUCCAUGCUCUCCGUUGAUCCUGAGGUUUCUGGCCUUGGUGAUCUUGACUCUGAUGGAAGGCUAAGUGAUGCCUCCGAUGGUGGAAUUUCCAUUGGUGCAGAAGCUGAUAGUUCAGUAAACAAUGUAGCAGAUCAAGAGCAAGACAAAACAACUAGCGCGGCGAAAGAGCGGCUGACUAAGGCGGUGAAUCGUGUCCAAAAGCUAACACUGCCGAAAGUAGGUCAAUCAUCAAGCUUGCGGCCUAAACCAAGAGAUCCUGCCCCACCUAGAUCUUCAGCGCCAACAGGUGUACGCAAAAGUACAACUUCCCAAGCAACUCCCCCUACAAGAACUGCUGCCACUCUGAAGAGAGGACCAUAGAUCUAGUUUAUAAACAUUUAGCCAACGACUUGUCAGUUAGCUUUAUUUUUUGUAUAGUUUUUUCAAGAUUUUUUUUGUAAAGAUGGACAAAAAGGCUAUAGCUGUUGACAUGGAGCCAUGGAUUUUGGAACAGUCAAACUGCCACAUGGGUUUUCUUGUGCAAACUUGUAAGCUUAAACUGCCACAUUGAUAUUUUUAGUAUGAAGAGUAAAAUGAUUUCUCACAAUGAAAUUGAAUGUGAAAG